AUGGUAGACAGAAGCGCCCAAUGUGGACUGACUUCAUCGAAUUUGUCAGCGCUGGGAUUCGAUUCCAACACAGCGGAGAUUAUCGAUCUCACCAAUCUCAAAAGUUGUGUUGAGGUGAAGGCCCAAUUCACCAAAGCUUCAUUUACGGUCGACGAAACGGCCAAGCUUAUGGUCUUCCUAAAAAGCUUCACGUCAUUCCCACUGAGAUUUAAUGGAAUCUCCGUUCGUUUAAAUCAUGAAGCUCUCCAAGGUGGACCGAUUGCUCACCAGUCUCGUGUUUCUGCCGAUUUCACAAGUCUCUGCAAAUGGGAGCACUCUUUUGAUCUCACGCCGGAGGAACAUAUUAAGACGGUUGUUUUCACUCUAGAUCCUACAACUCUCGGAUCGGCAGUUCAGUUUGGGUCACCAAGGUCAUUUGGUACCCUGCUAAAUCCUUACGAAGACCAUUGGCCACAAUGGGCACUUAAGAAGCUGAGGCACGCUCAAUGUCAUAUUCCAUGCGCUGAGGAAGAUCGCUAUGACCAGGAUGUUCAUUCCCUCUAA